AUGUCCAACCCCAGAGUUUACUUCGACAUCACCAUUGGCGGUGCGCCCGCGGGCCGCAUUGUCAUGGAGCUUUUCGCCGACAAGACCCCCAAGACUGCCGAGAACUUCCGCGCUCUCUGCACCGGCGAGAAGGGCACUGGCCGCUCCGGCAAGCCCCUCCACUACCAGGGCUCCAGCUUCCACCGUGUCAUCCCCCAGUUCAUGCUUCAGGGUGGUGACUUCACCCGCGGCAACGGCACCGGUGGUGAGAGCAUCUACGGCGAGAAGUUCGAGGACGAGAACUUCAAACUGAGCCACACUGGCCCUGGUAUCCUCUCCAUGGCUAACGCCGGACCUGGUACCAACGGCUCCCAGUUCUUCAUCUGCACCGUCAAGACCUCCUGGUUGGACGGCAAGCACGUCGUCUUCGGCCAGGUUGUCGAGGGUCUUGACGUCGUCCAGGCCAUCGAGAAGGUCGGCUCUAGCAGCGGCUCCACCUCCAAGCAGGUCACCAUCGCCAAGUCUGGCCAGUUGUAG